AAGACAAAAUCCAAAACGCAGGAGCUAACUGAGAAAUCACUGCUUUCCUUAAACCCUACACGGAAAUCUCUCCUAUUCUUCUCUCUUACAAUUAGGGAUUUCUGUGCGAUGCCGAACUUCUGAUUUCCAUGGAAGACGAUUGUUCGGUCGACUUUGAUGUGCUCAAACUUCCUGAAUUUGUUGCCAAAGGCUUAUUAGGCUUUGAUGCCUGGACUUCACUUAUUUCAAAUAUUGAAAAAACAUAUCCGGAUGACAUAAAGAAAAUAUGUUUAGUGUAUGACUCUUUCUUGUCUGAGUUUCCUUUGUGCUAUGGUUAUUGGAGGAAAUAUGCUGAUCACAAGUCACGUUUAUGCACUGUUGACAAAGUUAUUGAAGUUUAUGAACGGGCAGUGCAAUCAGCAACUUACUCUGUUGGUUUAUGGGUUGACUAUUGUAGCUUCAGUAUGUCUGUUUUUGAGGAUCCAUUUGAUGUUCGCAGACUGUUUAAAAGAGGGCUGUCCUUUGUCGGGAAGGAUUACUUAUGUCAUACCUUGUGGGAUAAAUACAUUGAAUUUGAGCUUUCUCAGCAGCAGUGGAGUUUCCUAGCUCACGUUUACAUUCUAACUUUGAGAUUUCCAACAAAAAAAUUACAUCAUUAUUAUGACAGUUUCAAGAAAUUGGUUGCCAUUUGUCAAGAGGAGAUAGAAUCUCAUGGCAAUUCUGGCAUGGAGGUGCAGUCAGAGCUUGUGGUUGAUAGUGAAAACACAACAUAUUAUAAAGAUGAUGAAGUCUCUCACAUCACAACUGACCUCUUGGAUCCAUCCGUUGGCUCAGAUAGAUACAAAGCACUGCAGAAAUAUUUAUCCAUCGGAGAGCAGCUCUAUCAGAAAGCAUGUCAGGUGGAUGCAAAAAUACAUGGUUUUGAAACUCACAUUCGAAGGCCUUAUUUCCAUGUAAAACCACUUGAUGUCAGUCAACUAGAGAAUUGGCAUCAGUAUCUGGAUUUUGUUGAGGUGCAAGGGGAUUUCGACUGGGCUGUGAAGCUUUAUGAGAGAUGCUUAAUACCCUGUGCUAAUUACCCGGAGUUCUGGAUGCGUUAUGUGGAAUUCAUGGAAAUUAAGGGAGGACGAGAGAUAGCUAACUUUGCAUUGGAUCGGUCAACAAAAAUUUUUCUUAAGAGUAUUCCAGCAAUCCAUGUUUUCAAUGCCUGGUUUAAGGAGCAGACUGGAGAUGUAUUUGGUGCACAUGCUGCUUUUGUUCAGUAUGAGACAGAAUCUGAUUCUAGCUUCAUUGAAAAUGUUAUAAAGGAAGCAAAUAUGAAAAAACGACUGGGAAACUUUGCAGCAGCUUCUAAUAUAUUUAAAGAAGCACUUGCCAUAGCAGUGGAGAAGCAGAAGUUUCAUAUUCUUCCAAAUCUAUAUAUUCAUUUUUCUCGACUUGAGUACAUGAUCACUGGUAGUGUGGAUGCUGCUAGAGACGUAUUAAUAGAUGGCAUUAGAUGUGUGCCUGAAUCCAAAAUGCUUCUAGAGGAAUUGAUAAAGUUUGCAAUGAUGCAUGGAGGGCCAAGGCACAUAAAUGUGGUAGAUGCUGUUGUUGCUAAUGCAAUAUCUCCUGGGACUGAUGUGUCUCAAGGUUUGAGUGCUAAAGAUGGGGAGUAUAUAUCAAGAUUAUAUUUAGAGUUUGUUGACCUCUGUGGAACUAUCUAUGACGUAAAGAAGGCAUGGAAUCGUCACAUAAAGUUGUUUCCCCACUGUUUGAGGACUAUGUCCAUAUAUAAGUACCCAGCAACGAGUUCAAAACCCUUGAGAAUAGCUAUGGAAGGAAGACCAGACAUCAUCGCUGCAAUGCCUUGUCAUCCAUUUGGAGAUUCUGGUUCUGACCAUUUGGCCCUGAUCCCAAUAGAAGAGCAAGGACUGUCAUGCCCAGAAAAUCAUGAUAUCCACUCUGAGCAGGUUGUCAAUGUCCAGCUUGAACCAGAAGCAGCUAACAAAAGUGCACAGGAGGGAUUGCAACUGGUCAUUCCCAAAGUUCCAGGGCAGCACAGAGAAGAGGCUUCUGAACCAAAUGUGUCAGAUUCCGUGGUUAAAGAAUAUAAUGAAAUCGAAUCUGUACAAGCCUUGUUAGCAUUGUCCAGAGCAAAUGAUCUUCAGCAAGAGGUUGAGCAUGAACCUUUACAGGACCCGAAGUCUCUUUCACUGGAGUGUCUCUCUUUGAAUCCUCAAGGCAAGGAAUCUCCCGAAUCAAUCCCUGCAUCAUCUCAUGAGGUUGAAGCUCCUGAAGAAGCAUGCAGAUCAAAUGGAAUCAUAACUGAGAGUGUGUACAAUACUGAUGAAAACCCCCCUUCUUCCAGCCCAGUAGGCACUUCAGCUGAUGAUCCUGCUGAAAUUCACAGUGAAUCAGUGGGUCCUUUGUCUUCAGCUAGUCCUCAGCUUCCUACACCAACAGAAGAAUUGUCACAAUCCCUGGUGCCUAAAAGUGGUGGUGGAAAAUGGAAUCAAACGGAUGGUACUGAUAAAUAUGCUCAAAUUCAAAUGUCUCCAGAAAGACAUAAAAAUCCUCCACCAUCAGAAGCAGUUCCACACCCACAGUUGUCUGUAAAUGGUGCUGGAAAUUGGCGUCAAAUGAACAAUGCUGAUAAAGUUCACAGAGAUUCCAGUCCUAGGUUCCAUGGGCAUUCACGAAACAAAAGGCGUGCCUCCCGGCAUGUUCCUCUGGAACAACAGUACCCACGAGAUCAAAUAGGCACUCAAAUGCUUGUGAGCCAAGGUAAUCCUGGUCAGCCUUUUUCUUGGCAAAACCAACAAAAUCAGCAAGGGAGCCAAGCACAACAUCCAAUUCAAACUGCUGGCCAGGGCAAUUUGACAGCUACUCAUGCUUGGCCAAUGCAAAUUGUGCAGCAACAAAACUUUGCCUCUGCAUCUUCAUGUCAAGUGCCAGCCCAACCUGUUACUCAAGCACAGGUGUCUCAAUAUCCCAUGCAAAGUAAUGAGCAGUAUGGGCAUAUGCAGAAUAGCCAAGCAUAUAAUCAGAUGUGGCAUUAUUAUUACUACCAGCAGCAGCAACAUUUUAUUCAACAACAGCAACUACAAUUGCAGCAACAGCCUCAGCAGCAGCAGCACCCACAAGAGUCCGAGCAACUCCAGCAGCAGCAGCUGCAACCGUCCCAGCAGCCACUGUCCCAGCAGCUGCAAUCCCAUCAACAGCAGCUUUUGCAACAACAAUAUCAACAGCAGCAUCUGGAACUGCAACAGCAUUAUCUUCAGCAGCACCAACAACAGUUCCAGCAUCAACAAAAUCAUCAGCAACAGCUGCAGUUGCAACAGCAACAGUAUGUACUGCAGCAGCAACAAUCCUAUCAACAGCAGCAGCAGCAACAACAUCUGCUUUACUUGCAGCAACUACAGCAGCAACAACAAGAACAUGAGCCUCAAAAGCAACAACAGCAGCAACAAUUGCAACAGAAAGAAGAUCAAGAACAGCAGCAACAACAACUGCUGAUAACUCCAUUACAAAUUCAGCAGGCAUGGAACAACUACCAACAGCAGGCUUCUUUGCAGUACUAUGAUGCCACGAGUCAUUCAGGAACGGAAUCAAAUCAGCAGAUUAUGGUACCCCAGGGCCAGCCAGCGACUCCACAUAGUACCAGUUCAUCUGAACAUGCAGCAUCACCGGGUGUCCAACAACAAUCUCCAAAAUUAAUGAAACAGACGGAUGAUAAUUCCCCCAUUAACUCAGUGUAGAGGCAUUACCUAACCCCAAUAGGUUUGUUUUAUUUCAUUUUGUUCUUAUUUUUUAAAUUGUAUCAUAAUUCCUCUUUCUCUAAGAUUGCCUUCUUGUAAAAGUUUGACUAGACUUUGUCUGUAGGAGUCCAAGCUGUUUUAAUCCAUUUAUAUCAUCUUCCUUGUAGAACUCAAGAAAACAAUCUUUUAUCUUCAACUCGUGGCCAUUUUGAUUUGAA